CCCAGCAAGACAGGGGCCCCUGGAGGGCUGAGGAGCCACAAAGGGACACUGCUUCAAGCCCGAGACCUGGGCAGGAGGAGUGUGCCUGGGCCAAAGUACCCUCCACCCAGCACCGUCCGUCCGUGCCGAACUACUGCACAGCCAUAGACGGGAAACCUCACCCGGCCUGGACACAGACAGGAUUGACAGAUUGACAGCUCUUCCUUGAUUUCUUUUGUUGUUGGUGGUGGUUUUUUGAGAUUCUCUGUGUAGCCCAGGCUGCCCUGGGUCUCGCUCUGCAGCCCAGGCUGGCGUCGGACGCACAGAGAUGCGCCUGGCUCUGCCUCCGAGUGCUGCGAUUACAGGACAAGGAAACCAGGCUCCUGGAACAUGUUACCCUGUGGACAGGCAACAUCCAGCAUUAUUAUUAUUACUAUUACAGCAUUGUUGAGCGCCCACUGCGGACCUGGCAGUAGCUGGACCCUGACUCCAGUUGCUGCCCAGCCAGCGGAACUCGCACUCACGCUCACCACUCGUCCCUCCGGCCACUCGUGGUCACGGAGGCGGAGAUCCUUCGAUCCCUUUGGAUGGCACGAAGGAACGUCUAGGACUAGGGCUCUUUAAGACGGGGGAGGAGUUUCACGAGGAGCGGAGCUGGAGCGGACCGGAAGUGCACGAGCCGGGCGGUCCUCAAACAGGAAGCGGAGGUGGUGGCGGCCGCACAGAUUCUUGGACCCCAGAUAGGCUGUGGGGGUGUUUUGGGGCAAACUGAGGCCGAGUUUGAGCCAGACUCUGAGACCCCGGAGAAGGGAAGGCGAGACGGGGAAUGGGCCUCGGCGCAGGGCAGUGACGAGCGCGCAGAGGUCCGCGGGGAGGGGGGCCAAGCGGGGAGCCCCGCAGUCCGCGCGCUCCGCCGCCUGCAAGAUGAGCUCCAAGGGCAAGAAACGCGUGGUGCUGCCCACGCGCCCUGCGCCUCCCACGGUGGAGCAGAUCCUGGAGGACGUGCGAGGGGCGCCCGCCCACGACCCCGUUUUCACCGCCCUGGCGCCGGAAGACCCCCCAGAUCCAUCCCCAAGGACGGAGGACCCUGAGGCCAGGUACGAGCAGAUCUACCAACAGAGCCGUGCCUAUGUGGCCAUGAAUGAGAGGCUGCGGCAGGCGGGGGACACGCUGAGGCAGAAGUUUGAGGACCUUCGGCAGGCUGGCCAGAGGCUUGAACAGGAUGUUAGCCAGGUGACCUCAGCCACCUCCUAGAGCCGAGGCUACAGCUGAGGCGCUCUCGCCAAGGCCAGGCAUCUGGCUGGCAGCCAGAGGCUCUGGGUCAACAUCUGCUGCCCAGCACUGGACUGAGGGGUCCCAGUGGCUCACUCGGCAGGCUUUGGGUCUUGGUUCCCUUUUCCAUCCUUGGUGGCCUCUAAUUUGGGGUGGAUCAGGGACGUGGCCACCUCCUCAUUCAUGGGGGCACCGGCCUGGAUUGCAUCUAGGACUUGGCUGGAGGUCGGAGCUCAGAGCCAGCCUGCCCCACAGUGACCAGCCCUCAGCCACUGUGCCCUGGUCCCACUUCCUGCCCCAUGUCACCUGGGCAGCUAGGGUCU